GCACUGACGUAUAUUCCCGAACAAAACUUGGGCUGCUGCGUAAGAUGAUCUAAUGGAUACUCCAAAAUAGCGUGGAGGGUUUAGUCCUAAGCAAGCCGAACGCAGGACUCCUACGUAUAGGCAGUGCUAUACACCAGAGAACAACACAGAUCUACUGUGUACUCAUCGAGCUCAAGCCCAGCUGCAGUGAGGCAGAUUGGAAAAACUCUUGUACGCUUUGUUCUAUUUCUCCGUGAGAUGUUAGUGACUGCGAAGUUGUGUUUGCGUCUACUGCAGAAGCAGAAGUCCAUGCAGUUCAUCGGAUCUCCUUCGUGCCAGCCGACUGAUUGCGGACUAUCAAUCGCUCGCAAUCUGUCAAUUCAAGAAGAUUUGUUAAUCUACUUGGAUAGCACCAUCUUGCGCUCGCCGAUUCUUGACCCUCCCCCAGCUUCUCAUGGCUCGAGGCUCUACUGGGGUCUGUCACGAAGCAACUCACAGAAGAUCUUUGGCCGUCUGUCAAGGCACUGUCGAUCUUGCAUCUUUGCUCAACCAAAUGCCCCUUCCAUCACAAAGGGAAUCAAUUUAAUUACGGCGUUACCAAGAGAAACUCACAUCGUCAAAUUCUCUUUUCCAGCACCGCAGCUUCUGCGUGGCUCUUCCUUGCAGGUAUAUGACGAGUCCUGCACUGCAAAUGAAGUCCGAUAUGGUUAGGUAGAGGUGAGUCCCGCUCAGGGACGCACGCCGCUCGGUCAUCGUCGCAAUGCUGACCUGACUCAGCAGUUAAGGCUUUUAUAAUU